GCCGCGGAAAUAUCUAGAGAAGGCUAUAAAUAAGCCAGCAGCGCUGUCUGAGAGAGGAUUUCUCUUUUGAUUCACUCUUUGCAUACGAAAAGUAGACAAAAAAUCAAACAAAGCUCUCCGGAAAGAUCAACAAGCACGCGAAGUCGCGAACUGUUUUUUCUUUAUUGAUUGAGGAAGAUAUUUAUUUAUCCGGGCGUUACGCGGAAAGAAGAGGGUAAAGCUGAGAUUCUUGGUGAAGGCUUCGGAAUUGGGUUUGGAGAAUCGCAUGUCAGUGGAGACUGUUGAGAGAGAUACUAAAAUGGCUGUGUUAGGUCAAGAUUCUAAUUUGGUGUCUCAACCUGUGGAUUACACGAGGAAGAGGAAAUCAAGAAGUCGUAGGAGCGGAACUAAGAGUGUUGCGGAAACACUUGCAAAGUGGAAAGAGUACAAUACUACCCUCGACAGUGACAACAAGAUGGUGCGCAAAGCCCCGGCCAAGGGGUCGAAAAAAGGGUGUAUGAAAGGAAAAGGUGGGCCAGAGAAUGCUCGUUGCAAUUACAGAGGUGUUAGGCAGAGAACAUGGGGUAAAUGGGUAGCUGAGAUAAGGGAGCCACAUAGGGGAAGCAGGUUGUGGUUAGGUACCUUUGGCACUGCGCUUGAGGCUGCUUUGGCCUAUGAUGAAGCGGCUAAGGCUAUGUAUGGUGUCUGUGCACGGCUCAAUUUCCCCAGUUAUAGUUCAUCAAAAGACUCUGCCAAGGAGUCGUCUUCCCUUCUGACAACAUCUGCGUCCGAGUCCACCAAUUCCAGCAUUUCUGAUGUUUGUCUUGGUGAGGUGAGGCCAAAGCUUGGUAUUGCUGAGAUAAAAGGCGAAAAUGGGUUGCAGAUUUCUCAGAAGCCUGCGUUAAAUGAAGCUAGCACGCCAAUGAGUGUAGUGAAAGAGGAAGUCGAGGAAGAAGCUCAGACAGGGGAAGUGAAGGAAGGUAAAGGGGAGGACGUUAAGAAAGAAUCCAUGGAAUGCUUGUAUGAUAGUGGAUUUAAUCCAAUGGAUAAACCUUAUCCUGAGGACCGAAGUGCUAUGGCUCCGCUGCAUCAAUUUAAUAAUUUUCCGCUGGAUGAGAUGUUUGAUGUUGAUGAGCUUCUUGCGGCAUUGGAUGCUGCUCCACGCCAAGCGUCGGGGCAUCAGGUGGGACCUGGAGCAUAUGGCGGCCAUCCCUCCGAAGCUGCUUGUGGCAGUGGAUCCUUUGCCGAUAUGUCAGCUCGUUGGCAGCAUUCCGGGUCAGAGUUGUUUGGGAGCGAGCAAACUACUUCUGGAUACGAGAAUGGCUUGGACUUUCUGAAACCAGGGAGACAAGAGGACUACAAUUUCUUGUUGAGUGAUUUAUUCUUGGAUUUGGAUUCAGACUUGGCCAUAUGAAGCGUGGGUUUGCAGCGGAUGGCCAAAUGGAAACUGAAGAGGAUAUACUAGUUAUGGGUAGUCAUAGCAUCUUUUGAUAUUAGGCUGGAACUCCUUCCAGUGAAAGAGGACCUUUGUGUUUCGACUUGCUGUUUGUAGGCAACAUGUGUCUGUAUUCUUUUUCUGCUAACCCUUUGUCUUAUUUAUUACAAAAUGACCAUAAGCUAAUUCUGUACAAGUUUUAGGCGUACGGGGAUGGCUGUGGUUCUCUAAACAUGGAUCUUGAAAGAGGAAAGAUCGUUCUGUACAGAUGUUUUAAGAUGCUUUCAGUUUUACACAUAUAUAUCUUGGUUUUUGAA